GGCAAACGUCAGAGUGGGCACUCAAAAGCUGUGGUAGGGGAGUACCUUAGAUAGCACUAUACUUCAGUGACAGCUGAGGUAUCUGCUGAUCAAUUGCCCCUCUAUUCUCUCCCCUUCUUAGACAUUCUACCAUCCCGCCUGUGACCAGACAAACGUGCAAGCCUCAAGGCGAAUUGAAUGAAGUACGCCCUGCCUACCUCUCACUUUAGGUACUGCCCGCUGCGUACUUUGCUAGCCUAGGUACAGAAGCUAAAGCUGCACCUCCUCCGCCCACCAAAAACUCAUCCAUUCCGUCUCCAUUUCUCUUUCUCUGCUGCAUCUGCAUCUCCAUCUGCAACAUCUUUCGCCUCCUUUCUCCUUAUCUCUCUCUCUCUCUCUUCUCUGUCUGAUUUUUCCUCCUUCACGUAACUUUACGAUACGAUAAGAUACCCUUUUACUUCAACCUUCACAAUGUCUGACACUGUUUACCCCGAAGUCCUCUGGGCCCAGCGAUCCUCCGUCGCCGACGCCUCCAAGAACUUCAUCUACCUUACCAUCUCUGUCCCUGAUGUGCCCAAGGACAGCCUUACUCUCGACCUUCAGCCUACCAAGCUCACCUUCACCGGCACCUCAUCCACUCUCAAGAAGAAGUACCAUGUCGAGCUCGAGUUCUGGGGCGAGAUCGACCCCGCUGAGAGCAAGAUCAACCACACUGCCAAGAAUGUUGAGAUAAAGCUGCAAAAGAAGGAGCUCAAGGAGGAGUACUGGCCCAGAUUGCUCAAGGACUCCAAGCGCGUCCACUUCCUCAAGACCGACUUCGACAAGUGGGUUGACGAGGAUGAGCAGAACGAGGCCCCUGAGGACGACUUCUCUCAGUUCGGUGGCAUGGGCGGCAUGCCUGGUAUGGGAGACAUGGGUGGUGACUUUGGCGGUAUCGACUUCUCCAAGUUGGGAGGUGGCGGUGCUGGCUUCCCUGGUGCCGAGGGCGCUGGUGAUGAGCUCGACGAAGAGGAUGACGACGACGACAUGCCUGCCCUCGAGGGCGACGACAAGAAGGAGGCCGCCCCCGCCGCUGCCUCCGCUUCCACCGAGAAGAAGGACUAAAUCUCUCAAUUAUGAAUGUUUGACGUUGCCAAAGAGGAGCAUUUCUGAACUACAGUACAGGAUUAGGCUGGGUAACUUUGGCGUUGUGCCGUACCAAGGCAGGCUUAUUUUUCGGAUAUGUAGUUAAGACUACAUUGCCUGUUACGAUAUGGAAGAAAAAAAUGGAAAAACUGUUAAGCCCACGGUGUUCACUAUUGUGUUGAAAAUCUGUUCAAUGUGAUCGUCGAAAGGUAUCCUG